UAAAAGGGAACAGAACAUGUGAACUGACAACUUCUUUGGCAAUUCUAUAUCAAUAAAGAAAUGAUCUGUAUCAAAACUUUACAUGUCAGCCUAAAUCGGAUUUUAUUACUCAUAGUUGGUCUAUGGCCUUACCAACAAUCUAAAUUCGUCUACCUUCAAGUAAUUUUAUUUUUUGUCAUUUUAGCAACUUUUAUUCUAUGUCAGCUUGCAACAUUUCUUACUUUAAAAUGUACCCCGGAUUUAAUCAUCAACGUUCUGUCUUCUACAUUAUUUUUUGCUACAUUUAUUAUUAAAUAUAUUUCGUUUAGUAUUAAUACUAAAAUGGUUAAACAUUUAUUGGAACAAAUGCAGCAUAUGUAUAACGAGUUAACUGACGAAAAUGAACUGAAUAUCAUAACAAAAUAUAGUAAUUAUGCGAGACAUUACACAAUUACAUUGUUAAUGCUUUUAGUAUCCGUGCUGUUCCUCAUAACUUUUUGUUUAUUUUGGCCGCACAUUUUCAAUCUCUUGUUCUUCUUAAACGAAACUCGAUCAUGUUCUUCGUUGCCGGUUAUAACUGAAUAUUUCAUUGAUCAAGAAAAAUAUGUCUAUUUUAUAUUGUUCCACACGUACGCAGCCUACAUCAUAGGCGCUAUCACAAUGCUAGCGACAGGAACAUUGCUUAUAGUUUGUCUACAGCAUGCGUGUGGAUUGUUUCAUAUCGCUAGUUAUCGCGUCGAACAAGCAAUGGGAUUCGAGAUAUUACGAAAAAACAGUUGGAAAAAGGAGAAAUUAAUUUACAAAGGAUUAAUCUAUGCCGUUGACAUGCAUCGCAAAGCUAUGAAGUUUUCUGAUUUGAUGCUGUCAAAAUUUAAAGUAAUGUUCGCCUUUUUGAUAAUAUUUAAUAUUAUUUGCACAAGUCUUAAUUUUUUUCGGAUUUUUCAGGUAAUAUCAUUUGAUUUCAAUACUGUGGAAAUUUUAUUACGCAUACUAUAUAUAAUUGUUGAUAUAGUGUAUGUAAUGGUAGCCAAUUAUCUAGGGCAAGAAAUUUUGGAUCACAAUAAUGAUGUAUAUAUUUCUGUGUACAAGGUUCAAUGGUAUAUGGCUCCAUUACAAAUACAGAAGUUGAUUCUAUUCCUGUUACAAAGAAGUACUAAAGCGUACACUAUGAAUAUUGCUGGAUUGUUUGUGGGAUCAUUAGAAGGUGCAGCUACGAUGCUGAGUACCAUGUUAUCAUAUUUCACUGUCCUUCAUUCUACGCAAAAUUAAAACAAAAUGGAUUAAUUAAAUGUACUGUAAAAUAACAUAUGAUCAAAUUGAUUACAAACAAGUAAAAUUGCGUAUUAUCUUGAAAAACAAAGAAGUGACAAAUAAGAAGCACUACAAACAAAUGAGGUACAACAAGUAUAUCUGCACAACUAUUUAUAAUGAAAUACUUGUUGAAGAAUUAUAUUUUUCUUUUCUGAGUAAUAAAUAUCCAUUUGAUGACUUUACAUUAUAUUGAUAGCUUAAUCAUCCUACUCCCA